AUGUCAUCCUUAUUUAAAGCUGAACUACCGGUUAAGUGCCAAGGUCCUGGAUCUUACACCAUCCCCUGUACCAUAGGAAAGGUUCACAUUAAGGGAGUAUUGUUAGAUUUAGGGGCUGCUAUAAAUGUCAUGCCUUGGUUAGUUUACUUGGCUUUAGGGAUAAGUGGCAUCAAAGACAUAAGCGUAGUACUCCAAUUAGCAGAUAGGUCUAUUAGACACACCAAGGGAAUCAUAGAAGAUAUUCUAGUUCAAGUUAAAGAUCUAGUAUUCCUUAUUGAUUUCUAUGUUUUGGACAUGUCCAAUAAACUUGCAAAUGAAACUGUUGAGCAAGCUAGGGAUGAGCAUGAGCUGCGUAUGUAUGAUGGUUAUGACAUGUAUUCACCUAAAUUGAUUGAUUCUUCUGCUGCACCAUCAUCUAUAGAGGUGAACCAACCUAAGGUUGUUACUGCUGUAAACCAACUCGAGCUUAGUGUAAUAUCUGAUAGGACUGAAGCAAGCAUAGUGAAUCCAAAAUUGAAAGAUUUACCUCCCAACCUCAAAUAUGCUUAUCUUGAGCCUAAGAACAAACUGCCUGUCAUUAUUUCUAGUUCUUUAACUGAACAUGAAGAGACUAGUCUAAUAGGAGUCCUUAGAAGAAAUAGGGAGGCUUUGGGUUGGCAAUUAGCUGACAUAAAGGGAAUUGACUCUACUAUGUGUACUAAUAGUGAUCAAGGAACCCACUUCUACAACAAGCUACUCAACAACUUGUUGGCUAAAUAUGGGGUUUCCCACGGAGUGGCCGCCCUAUACCACCUGCAAACCAAUGGCCUGGCUGAGGUAUCUAAUAGAGAGAUUAAACGCAUCCUGGAAUGGAUUGUCAAGCCUUCUAACAAAGACUGGAGCUUACAGCAAGAUGAUGCACUGUGGGCCUACCGCACUGCCUACAAGAUGCCAAUAGGAAUGUCUUCAUACCGGAUCAUCUAUGGGAAGUCCUAUCACAUUUCAGUGGAGCUAGAACACAGAUCAUACUAG